AUGAAGAGUCCAAUUGCCUGGGCUGCUCUAUUGCCUGUUGUGUUAGCAACUUGUUCGCAGACAUGCUCAUUUGACAGCAUCAUACCAUCCCAGAAUCUCACUUGGUGUCCUUGCUAUACGAGUUUCUACUGUGCCCGACUUGAUGUGCCACUCGAUUACCAAAACCCUGAGAUUGGGCGCGCAUCAAUUCCACUACUCAAGGUUCCGGCACAAAAUGACUCGCUCUUUGGUCCGUACCAGGGUAUGAUACUCAUUAAUCCUGGAGGACCCGGGGCUUCAGGCGUAGAGACGGCACUCGGCAAUGGUACGCUGAUUCAAUCAAUCAUUGGAACAAACUGGGAUAUUAUUGGCUUUGAUACGAGAGGUAUUGCUUACAGCAAGCCGCUGGCCAACUGCUCCUAUGGUAUCACGCCAACCGGGCAGUCAAACCUGAGCUCACGGACCAUUCCCAGAGUCACUGAUGAGUUCUUCAAUCAAUGGAUAGAAUACGGUCAAGACGUUGGCAAACAGUGUGAGAGUCUCAUAGGAGGAGAAACAAGUGCAGGCCAACACAUGAGCACGGCCGUAACAGCAAGAGACAUGCUCAGCGUCGUGGAUGCCUUUGCAGCGACGGAAGACGGUAUGCGAGCGGCGAAGCCAAAGGAACUUCUCAACUACUAUGGAAUCAGCUACGGUACUUUCCUCGGACAGACUUUCGCUUCCAUGUUCCCGGAACGUGUUGGGAACAUGGCCCUGGACGGCGUAGUGAGCCCGCAAGGCUACUUGGCCAAUUUCACCUCCCAUUCUGUCACUGAUCUGGACGGAAUCGUUGCUGCCUUCUUCAUCUACUGCCACGAAGCCGGGCCAUCUGUCUGUCCUUAUUUCACCGGAUCGACGCCUCGGGACAUAUUCGACAGGUUCAAUCAAUCAUUUUCGCAGCUGGAUCCGCAAAGAGCGCAGCUUGAGAACUGGUCCAACGCCACGGAUCUUGAGGCUGCGCUUGUAGUAUUUAAGGUUGGAAUACUGACUGCAGUCAACUCACCGAUCACAAACUUUGCCACAUUCGCCGAGGUAUUGGUCAGCCUUGAAGCGUCCAUCGCGGCACAGAAUAUCAGCACCUGGACACAAGCGGCAGAAGCCAUCUACAAUGACCCCACGCCAGUCGGCAACACAAAUAUCGAGUGGACCUUGGGCGUUCUUUGCUCCGACCAGAACAACGCUUGGUAUGGAAAGACACUUGAGGACUUGAGACCACAGCUCGCACAACUCGAAAGUCAAAGCAUCAUUGGAGAAGUCUGGAGCAAGUCGAUGCUGGGCUGCCUUGGGUGGCCCAUCAAGGCCACGGAGAUAUUUCAGGGUCCAUUUGGAGGAGACACUGCGACGCCUCUGCUCUUCGUCUCCAACACUUAUGAUCCUGUGACACCCAUCGAAAAUUCCUUUGCCUCUGCACCAAGAUACAAGAACGCCCAGGUACUGACGGUAGACGGCAUGGGGCACGGAAUCAGUGCUACACUAAAUACAUGUGCCUAUAAAAAGAUGGCCGCUUAUUUCCAGACCAAUGCCUUGCCCGGCAAUGACUCCUUUUGUGCUCUGGAGUCGGGCCCAUUUGGCGUAAUUCUCAAUGGGACCUUGAAAGAAAACGUUGUCAUAGCCAAAUUACAACAUCUCGGCUGA